CUGCGUGCGUCAUCUGCACGAUAGGACGGAUACCGGCGGUCUGAGCAUCGCCGGCGUCGCGCUUCUCUCAUUCUCGCUUUUACCACCGCACGCACACCCACUUCAAUCACCCUCUCCGCCUCCAAGCAGCAAUGGGCACCGACAUCCAUAAGAUCCACGUCGCUAACCCCGUCGUCGAACUCGACGGCGACGAGAUGACGCGCAUCAUCUGGAAGGACAUCCGCGAGAAGCUCAUCCUGCCUUUCGUAGACCUCCAGAUCGAGUACUACGACCUGGGACUCGAGCACCGUGACGCCACUAACGACGAAGUGACGCUCGAAGCUGCGCGUGCCAUCAAGAAACACAACGUGGGCAUUAAGUGCGCCACCAUCACGCCCGACGAGGCGCGCGUCGAGGAAUUCGGGCUCAAGAAGAUGUGGCUCAGUCCCAACGGCACUCUGCGCAAUGAACUGGGCGGCACGGUCUUCCGCGAGCCCAUCGUGUGCAAGAAUAUCCCUAAGCUUGUGCCUGGUUGGAAGGAACCUAUCAUCAUCGGUCGUCACGCCUUUGGAGACCAGUACAAAGCCAUCGACUUCGUGGCCAAUGAGCCUGGUACGUUCAAACUCACGUUCACACCCGCACGCAGCGGCGCUGAGCCCGAGGAAUAUCACGUAUACGAUUUUAAAGGCUCCGACGGCGGCGUGGGCAUGGGUAUGUACAAUACUGCCGAGUCCAUUACGGGCUUUGCCAAGUCGUGCUUCGAGUAUGCGCUGGAGCGCAAGAUGCCGCUGUAUAUGAGCACCAAAAACACAAUCCUUAAACGCUACGAUGGCCGCUUCAAGGACAUUUUCCAGGCCAUGUAUGAGAAGUCGUACGAGGCGCAGUUUAAGGCCGCAGGGAUCUGGUACGAGCACCGCCUGAUCGACGAUAUGGUGGCGCAGUGCCUUAAGUCCAAGGGCGGCUUCGUCUGGGCUUGCAAGAACUAUGACGGUGACGUGCAGUCCGAUAUCUUGGCGCAGGGCUUUGGUUCGCUUGGGCUUAUGACCAGUGUGUUGCUCACUCCCGACGGCAAGACGCUGGAGGCGGAGGCCGCACACGGCACAGUUACGCGCCACUACCGCGUACACCAGAAAGGAGGCGAGACGAGCACUAACUCCAUCGCCAGUAUCUUCGCGUGGACGCGAGGGCUGCUGCAUCGCGCCAAGCUGGACAACAAUGAUCAGCUCAAGCUCUUCUGCCAGGAGCUGGAGGCCUGCAUCAUCGAGAGCGUGGAAGCCGGCCAGAUGACCAAGGACCUGGCGCUGCUCAUCCACGGCGACGACAUGAAGCGCGAGCACUAUCUCGACACGUUCCAGUUCAUCGACACCAUCGCCAAUAACCUACGCGCACGUCUGGCCGUCAACCCCCGCUUCCAAGGUUAAGCUUUAGCAUACCGUAAAUAAUCAAUUGAAUGCCACUUCAACAAUCACAAUAGUGAAACGCAAUGUUUACGUUCAGCC